AUGGAGGUCAAGAUCAGGCCAGCGGGGUCGCGGGCAGUGGAGAUGGCGAUGCACGUCGAGAGCAGGACGACGGCCAAGGACGUCAAGGAGAACUUGCUGGGUAGCAUGAAUCUAGAUUCUAUCUCAAAGUUGUUCUUGGUGUACAACGGCAAGAUUGUGGAUGAUGAAAGUACCUUUGAGGAGAUUGGCGUCAAGGAGGGCGAUACGAUCUUUUCUGUCUUGCAGGAUCAAGCACCAACCUGGAAGCUCGAGAAGCAAGAGGAGCCUGGGCCGUCCCAGGAAAAGAUCCCCGCAUCGUUGCCCGCGGGUCAAGGAGAGGAUGAUCCGAUUUUGAUAAGAAUCAAGGAAUUGGAGAACUCCAUCUUCCAUCUACAGCGAUCAAACGUGGAGCUCCAAGCUGCCGGUCCGGAUCCAGUCUAUGAGGAAGCCAUUCAAGAAAACAUUGUCGCUAUAGCUAAGAAGACAGCAGAAAAAGAGGAGCUGCGGAGGCUUCGUGAAGAGGAGGCGAUGAGCAAGGGACAACCAUGUCAAGUGAGCGAUUCUAGCGAACAGAGAAAUGGGGGGGAUGGAGGGUUGUAUCUUUAG